AGUACAUUUCUAGAUCAGGAUUGUGCUUAUCCCUUCCUGUUUUGAGAAGCCCUGGAACAUUGUAUUGUGAAAGGCUAUUGAGUGACUGACAAGAGAACACAUCAGGGACUUGGCUUUCGCGUCUCUCCAUGAUUUUGCAAGAAUUCUACGCCUGAACCUGCCAGAUCUUUUCCAAAGGGAGAGCCUUGUCAUUUUGGGGGGGUGUACCCCCCCUCCUGAAAUCACCCUGCUCAUGGCUGAGACUAAAAUCAUCUACCAUAUAGAUGAAGAAGAAACCCCAUAUCUGGUGAAACUGCCUGUUCCUCCCGAAAAAGUGACCUUAGCCGAUUUCAAAAAUGUCCUCAGCAACAGACCUGUCCACAACUACAAAUUCUUCUUUAAAUCCAUGGACCAGGAUUUUGGGGUGGUCAAAGAAGAAAUAUCAGAUGACAACGCCAAGCUCCCGUGCUUCAAUGGCCGAGUGGUGUCCUGGCUGGUUUUGGCAGAAAGCUCGCACUCAGAUGGAGGAUCUCAAAGCACCGAAAGUCGCACAGACCUCCCACCUGCCAUUGAAAGAACCGGGGGCAUCGGAGACUCGCGUCCACCAUCAUUCCACCCGAAUGCUGCCAGUAGUCGAGAUGGACUGGACAAUGAGACUGGCCCGGACUCUGUAGUGAGCCACAGAAGGGACCGACACCGGCGGAGGAACAGAGAGGCCCAUGACGAUGUUCCCAGAAUUAAUGGACACCCCAAACUGGAGAGGAUUCGGGAUGCAGGAGGAUAUGACAGCGCGUCCACCGUGAUGAGCAGUGAAUUAGAGACCAGUAGCUUUGUGGACUCUGAUGAGGAUGAGAACACAAGCAGGUUAAGCAGCUCCACGGAGCAGAGCACAUCUUCCCGGCUUAUCCGCAAACACAAGCGGAGGCGGCGGAAGCACAAAAUGCGUCAGAUCGAUCGGUCGUCAUCUUUGAGCAGCAUCACAGACUCCACCAUGUCCCUGAAUAUUAUCACAGUCACGCUAAAUAUGGAAAAGUACAACUUCUUAGGUAUCAGUAUUGUUGGGCAAAGCAACGACCGCGGGGACGGAGGCAUUUACAUCGGGUCUAUUAUGAAAGGAGGAGCAGUGGCAGCCGAUGGCCGCAUUGAGCCGGGAGACAUGCUACUCCAGGUUAAUGAUGUCAACUUUGAGAACAUGAGCAACGAUGAUGCGGUGAGAGUCCUACGGGAGAUAGUCUCCAAACCGGGGCCAAUUAGUCUAACGGUAGCCAAAUGCUGGGAUCCCACUCCGAGAAGCUACUUCACAAUUCCUCGAGCGGAGCCCGUGAGGCCGAUAGACCCGGCUGCCUGGAUCACUCAUACCUCAGCCCUGACGGGAACGUACCCCCGUUACGGUAUGAGCCCCUCCAUGAGCAUCAUCACAUGCACCAGCUCCUCAUUAACAAGCUCUAUACCCGAGUCGGAAAAACUGGAGGAAUCUCCAUUGUCCGUGAAGAGUGACAUGGCCACCAUAGUGAAAGUAAUGCAGCUGCCAGAUUCCGGCCUGGAGAUCCGGGACCGCAUGUGGCUGAAAAUUACAAUCUCCAAUGCAGUUAUAGGGGCUGAUGUGGUGGACUGGCUGUACACGCGUGUCGAAGGCUUCAAAGAGCGCCGAGAGGCCAGAAAGUAUGCCAGCAGCAUGUUAAAACACGGCUACCUCAGACACACAGUCAACAAAAUCACGUUCUCCGAGCAGUGCUACUACGUAUUCGGUGAUCUAUGUGCUAAUGUGGCAGCGCUGAAUCUGAAUGAUGGCUCCAGUGGUACAUCUGAUCAGGACACUCUUGCCCCCCUCCCGCACCCGGGCGCACCUUGGCCGUUAGGUCAGGGGUAUCCUUACCAGUAUCCUCUAGCGCCACCUUGCUUCCCGCCAACAUAUCAAGAGCCAGGAUUCAGCUACGGCAGCGGAAGUGCGGGGAGCCAGCACAGCGAAGGCAGCAAAAGCAGUGGCUCCAGCCGGAGCAAUCGAGAAGGAAAGAGGUCAUCUGGACGAGAGAAAGACAGAAAGUCCACUGGCAGUGGCAGUGGCAGUGGCUCCGAUCGUGUCGCACACAAUGGAGGAAGCAGAAGCGAGAGGCCUGUAAGCCAACACAGCCAAAGGAGUCACAGCUCAGCGGCCCGAAGCGAACGCAGCCACCGCAGCAGCCAUCAUUCCCACGGUCCUCCAGGGCACCCACCUCUUUAUAGCCUGCCGAAGAUUGGGAGCAAGGUAUAUGGCCCAGGAGGCUCCCAGGUGGGUCCUCCAGUCCGCGAGCUUGGCAGCGUUCCCCCAGAGUUGACCGGAAGCCGACAGUCUUUCCAGAAGGCCAUGGGAAACCCUUGUGAAUUCUUUGUGGACAUCAUGUGACAGUAAAAGUGCCUUCUGUGUCAGACACCACU